AUGAAUCCGGUCCAAUUCCACCCCAGCCCCGUCAAAGACGGCCGGCGAGUGCUCGGCGAGAAACCCGCCAACGCGUAUCUGUCGCCUGCGCGCAAUCGGAUUAUCGACGCAGCUACAUCGCCCGUCAAACGCCCUCUCUUUGACCAGAGAUACCCCUCGUCACCGAAGAAGCUCCUCCCGUCGCCAUCCUUUGGUCUUGCGGGCCAGAAACGCACCAUCGACCAGGUUGAUCCGGUUCCGGUAAACAAAGGCAGUUUGCAUGUUGUUCGGGAAGAGGAAGAGACGCGGUCUACUGGGGUUGAUGCUGCUAGGUUAAACCAGAAGGAAACGGAAUCUGAACCUGAACCCCGGGACGCGAUGUAUACGUCUAGACCACAGGAACAAAAGCAAACAUCGCCAAUUGAAUCCCGACAGGAUGUCCCUUCAACGGACGUGUCGAAUAACCCGACGCGAACAAUUCCAGAGGACCCAGAGACGCGCAAGGUGUUUAUCCAAGAGAAAGCAACCCUUCUUCGUACCAGAAUCCAAAGCGCCAUGCGCCACGUCAGAGAUCACCAAUUCGACCGCCGGUUGUCAGAGCUAGAAGCUCACAGUCGCAAAUACCUUCGAUUAACCAAAACACCCCAACAAACCCGUACUCUACCAAGAACUACAUCAAACGUUACCGCCGCUGCAUCACCUCUUCCAGAACCCGAAGCAGAAGAAACUACCCCGCGAUCCCUCCAACCCGCUCCAGAACUGAAAGCACGCGUCGAAGAAGCCCCCACAUCAAACAACAACAAAGAUGACAACGCGGGUUUAUCCUCUCCUCCCCUAUCCACAAACAAUACAACCAAUGAUCCAAUGAAGACCCCAACUCAACAGACAUACCAAUAUGAUCGCUCGGGCGCACCAGGGUCACCAAUGCAGUUGAGUAGCCCGCCCGCUAGUAUCUCGCGCGACAGAACCGACCAGCACGAGGGGGACAGAGAUAACCACGACACCGAAGAUGUCACAAGAACGCCAUCCCAACAAGGAGAUGCCGUGGACGGACUGCUCAAGCUCAUGAAUACUGCUGAAAGGCGCGAGCAUUCGGCUUGAUAUAAUUGUUUCAUGCCCCAUGUCUCUUCAGGUUUUUUUUUUUUUUGAUUGGGAGGAUUAUUGCAUAUACCCUUGUUAUUGGUAUUGUUAUUGACACAGAAGUAAAGUGGGAAAGACAGAAAAAAGCGUUGCGUUGACUGAGUGCAUAUAUAUUUAUCUUGCAUACAUACUGGCUCGAGUUUUGUUUGUACAAUGCUUAGCAGGAGCCAUGGUGGAUGAUACUAUAAUCAGUGGGAACUGUAUAUUAUAGGAGUCAGGAGUAUAGAUGGUUACAAUUUUGUGCAUCGAAUAAAUCGAAUCGAUUUGAAUAGAUCUAUAAACUGACCAAUAAGAUCACACCUAAAUGUACAAUAGCAACAGCAAUAUACACAUCACCUGCAAGUACUCCUACUCCAUGCAGGUACAUUACCUCACCUUCUUCAACUUAUUCCUCUUCCUCCCCAGCACAUCUCUCCCCUCCUCAAUCUC